AUGGAUUCGCCUGAGGGUAGCGCAAACGACGCGAUGACUGCAGAGAUUAACCGCAGGGUUAACGAAGCAGUCAACGCAAGCAUACGUCCUCUUCAGGACCAGAUGACGCAGCUCUUGACAGCUCUGAACGGGCUUAUGUCAACAGAUAGAGCGACCCCUACGCUGCUUACGAGCAGCGUACCCACACCGUCCACCGCCGAUAUAACUAUACAGGCAAUAAGCGACGGUAUAACAAUAGCAACAGAAGGGCGAAAGAAGCCCCUGCCAAACCCCCCGAAGUUCACAGGAAGGCGUAAGGACUACGCAGCAUGGGCCCAGCAGAUGCGCAACAAGAUAGAGCUAGAUGCAAGCAGGCCACAGCAGGUUGUAGCUACCUUCUACGCAGCAGGAGGUCUAGGUGGGCAGAAGGACUCUGUCGAAUUCCUCAAGUACCUUGACCGGACGUAUAAGGACCUAAAUAUAGAUCUACGGGCAGCAACCACGCUACGAACCCUUCGCUAG